AUGCCUGGCACAAUCCAUGACCCGAUCGGCGGCCAGUCCCGGGCUACUAUUGCGGCUAAGCAGGCCAAACCGAUGGAGGAAUUUGCUGAGCGCACCAAGCGGGAGGCCGAGGAGCGCAAGAAGCAACGGACAGCAGAGGGUGGCCGCGGUGGAGGCUACAAUGACCGACAGGAAGUCGAGCGCCGACAGCCUCCACGCGAGGAUGACUGUGCAUAUGAUGACUUCGGGCGCAAGAAGAAUGAUAAGUCACAGCUAUCCAAGGCUGACAGAGCUGCAGCAGCUCUGAAGCGACUGCAGGCCAAGCCUUCAGAGACAGGCCCAAGUCGAAAAGAAUCACGCAGCCGAAGUCGGAGCCCAGUGCCAGAGGCCCGCAGGGCCCGGGAUCCAAAGCCUCCACACGCAGGCUUCAGGCCGCGUGGUGCCAACCACCGCUUCUAA